UUUCAAUGUUAUUUAUUCUUACAAUGGUUAAUUUAUUGAUUUUAAUUAGGAUAAUUGAACCAUAGAUUUUAAUAUUCAAGGAAGUAUUCAUGGAACCAAAACACCAUGGACAACGAGCAGCCCCACCAGGAGCUGGUGAAAUGCGUCGUCGUCGGCGACACGGCCGUCGGCAAAACGCGGCUCAUAUGCGCCCGGGCGUGCAACAAGCAUGUUUCUCUGUCUCAGCUGAUGACGACCCAUGUGCCCACCGUGUGGGCUAUUGACCAGUACCGGAUCUAUAAAGAUGUAUUGGAAAGAUCUUGGGAGGUGGUGGACGGCGUGAACGUGUCGCUUCGGCUGUGGGACACCUUCGGGGACCACGAGAAAGACAGGAGAUUCGCUUACGGAAGAUCGGAUGUAGUGCUUCUAUGCUUCUCCAUAACAAAUCCCAUAUCUUUAAGAAAUUGCGGAGCGAUGUGGUAUCCAGAAAUAAGGAGGUUCUGCCCAAAUACACCGAUUCUCCUAGUGGGGUGCAAGAAUGACCUACGCUACAUGUACAGAGAUGAGACAUAUCUGAACUUCUGCAAAGACCGGAGCCCCUUCAUCAGAACCCCUAGAAAAAGCGACCUAGUAAUGCCAGACCAAGGGCGCGCCCUAGCGGCGGAAUACGGCAUAUAUUACUACGAGACGUCAGUCUUCACUUACUACGGAGUGAACGAAGUGUUUGAGAACGCGAUACGCGCAGCGCUCAUGGCGCGCCGGCAGCAGAGGUUUUGGAUGACUAACUUGAAGAGAGUGCAGAGACCGUUGCUACAGGCGCCAUUCAGACCACCGAGACCCCUAGAGCCUGAUGUGGUUCCCGUGAACUCCAGCUAUUUGGAGAACACAUCUACGUUGUUACGUCAACAGUAUUUCUCCGACAUGGUAAUAAUCUGUGGCGCGAAAGGGUUUCCUGUGCAUCGAUUCAUGAUGGCGGCAGCUUGUGAGGCGUUUCAUAGACUUCUCACUACUGACUGCGGGCGGUCUGCUGAACUAGCUCGCUCUUCUAGUGAGAGUAGUAUGGUGAGCAGUAUGGGCGAAGCGACGACAGGCGACUUUAACGAAGACACAGAAUAUCUGAUCCGACAAGAUCAGGCGAAACAAAUGAGAGUAUGGGAUCAAAUAAAACGGCGGUCGUCCUGCCAGAUUCUGACCCUAAGUGACAGCUGUAAGAAACCGCCAGACCUGUAUAGGGAGGUCAACCAUCCCGCCAUCAACUCUAUAAGAGUAGUCAAGUGUGACAAAAUCCAGCACGCAACAUCCUCGACACAAACCAUAGUCACUAUGAGCAAACUGAUCUCACAAACAGUCAUGCAAGAAAUCAUCAACUUUGUAUACUCUGGCACUCUCGACGGAACAGCCUUCAAACAACAGGAAAUACGCCAAGCGGCAGAGUUACUAGGCUUCCAUGAGUUGACGAAGCUCACACAGUUCAUACUGGACCAACAUCUGCUGUUCGACAAGGUGUUCAUGCAAAAGUUUCACAUGCCGAUACCUCAACGAUUGCGGGAAAUGUACGUCGAGCGCAAUCUCUUUGCGGACAUCACGUUCGACUUGGACGACGGCAUACAUUUGGCACAUAGAGCUAUACUCAUGGCGCGGUGUGACCCUAUGAAAGCCAUGUUUCAAGGACACUUUAGGGAAAGCACUAGCAGAGUGAUCUCAUUUCCCGGUGUGAAAAUGUACGCGUUUCACAUCCUACUCUGCUACAUUUAUUGCGAUAACAUCCCAGUCGUGGAGCCGACUCGCUGUAUCGAGUUACUGGAGCUGGCUAAUCGAUUAUGUAUGAAUCGACUAGUGAACUUGGUUGAAGCGAGGGUCAUUGACCGACUGCGGCAUCAAGACAGAUUAUGCGGGGAAGACGAUCAAAUUGUUGAAAUAGUACUUUCGUUGUUGGAGCCUGUAAAGUUGCACAACGCACACAACCUAGCCGACUGGUGCGUAUGGCGACUGUGCGGUGCGUACGACCGCGUGUGUCGCGCGCGUGCGUUGCCCGCGUCUAGGGAUUACCUGUCGGAGAACCGCUGGCCGCCGGUGUGGUAUGUAAAAGAGUACGACUUCUACCAGAAGUGCGUCACAGAGCAAUCUAAGGAGCAGAAGGAGAUUCGGCCCGCCACGUCGGUGCAAGCGAGCCAGCAGACAGGCUGUCUUUGCUUCACCAGCAAGACUCGUCGCGAGAGCGACAGCGCAACACCAGAAUCGAGCGCGCUGUGCCGCCGCGAGCCGCCGCACCAGCCGCUCUGACCCAUGCCGUGCUGGAGGUCUCUCCGCUACGCUGUGUUACUACCAGUGUCAAUGUGUUUUAUGACAACCAUACUGACUAUACUCAUACUUUUCCACCUUUACAACUAAACACGCGGUAGACAUAGUUUACCUAGACUACGCACUCGACUCUAGCGACACAGACUGCUACAAUUAUGUCACCAUAUAGGUGUAAAAUGCACUAAGUCAUACAAGUUUUCGGCAUUGGAAGGGUAAAACAAAAUUGGGCCGUUCGGAGUAGACCAAAAAAAAAUGGAUAAAUGAAAUUUAUAUUGUAGUUUCUUGUCUCGUUAUUCAGGGGACAAGUGUAUUAGGUUUCUCUAAAAAAACCAUUGUAAUAGAAGGAUUGGAAAUUAUGUAAUUAAUUAAAAUGUCUUUAAAAGUACACAUUACAAAAAAUGUGGCAUUCUCAAGGAAAGGUACCACAUUAUCGUUUAAGCAUAAGGAUUCUCUGUUAGAUUACUCGUAUGAAGUUCCGAGGCAAAUUCAGUCUUUAUGGUAGUAACGGUAAGCGAAGUUAUUCUUGAGAACAUCGCAAAAGAUCGAUUGAAUCUUUAUUAAUCCCAAAAAAGGAUAAUAAUGAUUUUUGAGUGACCCAGGAGACAUACAUGUGGUACAAACUACAAUAAUAAUUUGAUUGGCUCAAGUAGUGAAAUAGUUCCUUGAUUUUUCUAGAGAUUUAGUCAUUUGAUUUACCUUUCCACUGUCGAUUUAAACGCACAUAAAAGUUUAAAAUAACAAAAUGAGCUAAUUUAACCUAUUAAGAAAUUAUAAUUGUAAACUCCGUUAAUUUAAUACUUUUUUAACAAAAAAUAGAUCUUUUUGAUAUAAUAUUCAUUUCCUUGAAAUCACGAGACGAUUACACGUUACUUAACAACCAUUAUUUUGACUAGAAAAGUCAUUUUUUUUUAUCGCAAUACCUAUAUUCUUACGUCGUAAACUAUUGAAUUUACAGACUGUUUUUGCUUUUACCUCAAUUAUUCUUUUUCCACUUUUAUGACAGGGUCACGUAAAAACACAAAUAAGUUAAUAAAGUGUUACCCAAGAGACAUCGCUUUCUCUGUUUUUGUUGAAAUAGGUUACUUUAUAUUUCUAAAAGCACAGAAUCUUUUUCUGCAUAUGUACUGAAAAAAAAGACGAACAGUUGCUUAAACUUUAAAAUUCCUGUGAGUUUGAACAUAUUUAAACAACACACGUCGCGCGUUCAAUAGAAUCGGAGCAUUAGACUCAUACUGUUUCUACUCAGAAUCAUGUCCUCUUUCAAUCAUUAUAGGACAUAAAAUUAUCUAAAAUUUUCAUACAAUGUUUACUUUCCACUGAGUUACGACCAUCAUGUUCUAUAAAUCUAGAUAUCGUAACUCAGCGGAGAAAAUGUGAGACCUUUUCUUCUCCUGGGUAAUUUAAAGAGCUCAUAAUUCUUAGUGAAAAGAGUAUAAACGUUACCACAUUUGAAAAAUAAGUACAGCACUAUAAAAUGAAAAUAUUUCCAUGUAAAACACAUCACUAUCGAUCCUCACAUACUUUACUAUAUUUUACAAAAGUAAAAGUGAUCGUCUUGUGAUUUACAAUCAUACUUACUUAUUUCAAACCAGAUUUAUCAUUAUCACCUAACGUAGAGUAAGGAUCGUCAGUAAUCGAAGAAAAGUGAUCAUUUAUGUGUGAUUUUUAAUCUUUAGGAUAGUUUUUGCCUGCCUUCAUAGUUAGCGGUUACGUAUUGUAAAUAUUGGAGGGUAAUUGUAAAAGAAAGCAGCACUAUUCCGACAUUGGAAAACAGUAAUUGAAAAAUAUGUUUACACUUUACCUCAUAUCUUUGUUCAGAGAACGACUUGAGUAAACAAGGUACGUAUGAUUUAACAAUAAACUCUUUGGCAAUCGAUAUAUAUUAUUAUAUCGAUUGUCAAAGAUAUUAUAUCGACAAUUGAUCGAUCUUAUUCUAUCGAUUGUCGCUCGAGGUAAAUAGUUUUUAUAGAAUCAUCAAAUGAAUUUGGAGAUAUUCAACGCACGUUUUAUGACCCCUACAAUAAGGUUUAUUUUUAUAAAUGAAGAUGAGAAAUAUUAAACAAGUGUUACUUACAGCAAUAUUGGUUGUUAACCUGUUGCAUUUUCUAAUUCCCAAUGUCCUUGAAAAAGUUCAAAACAGGAAAAAAAGCGUUAAGUGACCCAGGGGACCGUAAAAAAUAUGGCCAGAUGAGAAAAAAAAGAGAAUAAAGUCAAUAAAUCGGGACAAUACUUAAUAAUGUCGGGAUAAUAAUGUUGGUGACAGUUUAAUAACCAAAUUGGUGCAGUUAAAAAUAAACCCUGUACAGAACGGUGUGGAGGUAGGUUUUUGCUUGGUGCUUUUUUUCCUAGAUGUUAUAUUAAAUUAAGAUUUUGACAUUACUAUGGAUUGAUCGUGAUAAGGAAUGUAUGGUGGUUUAAGGACCCAUAUUAAUUUAAAUUUUAAAGGAACCGAUUCUAUAAGUCUAUAACGUGUUCCUUCAUACAGGAUGUCCCAAAAGUAGUAAAAACUGAAGUAAAAUUUAGCUCAUAAAAGACCAAGUGCAUGUUAUGACUACAAUUUUCGAGACAUCCUGUAUUAUGACCCUACCUCUUAAUUAUUAUAUUAUUUACGAAUUAAUUAUUAUUGUACGAUUAUUAUUAUAUUUCUAGAAUGUACUGCACUUGUAGACGUAGACUAAAGUAUAGAUAAUAUAGACAAGGGAAUUAUUAAAAUAGGAUGAGCGCCAUCUGUUAGAUUAAGGGAGGACUAGAAUGGUAAAAUUUUAAUUAUUAAUCGAAAUCAAUUUGAUUUUAAUGUCACAAAAAGGUGAUGACUAUCAAUUUAAUUGUAUUUGGAUGUCCCGAUGUAUUUGAUAAAAAAAUACAAGGCAUUGCUGUCGAAAUUAUUAGUACCUAGGUACGAUUUUGUGAAUGUAGAUUUAGAUUUUUUUGUCUCUUUGUUUUUAAAUUUGAAGCAACAGUAUUACAUUCUAUUUUAUUUACUGUGAUAUAUUUUACUGUCUACAUAUACGAGUAUUAGGUACCUAUCUAUGUGAUAAUGUACUAUCGAAAUUAAAAUCUUGUCUAGGAUUUCAGCAAUAAAAUUGACAGAUCAACCUGAUCCUACAAAUAAUGCCCUGUUAGUUAUUAAUUCAUCUCUAUAAAUAAUAACUUUUAUGUAAGGUACGCUUCAUUUGACUUGGCGGUAGUUGCGAGAGUAAAUGUUGGUAAAAAUCAUGUUUUAAAAAUCUACACAUUCCGAAUUGAAUCGAAAUUUUACCUAUUUUUUUAUAAAAUAAAAAUGCAGAUAUAUUUUAAAAGCACCAUUGCGGUC